AUGACCCCCAAACAGACGAUCGCGAUCAUCGGCAGUGGCUGGGGAGGAUAUAACCUGGCGCAUACGCUGGAUACCAGCAAAUAUAACGUGGUGGUGAUUUCGCCAGAGGCAACCUCAGCCAUCACCCCGCUUCUGGCCAGUGCAGCCUGCGGUCUGUUUUACUCGCAACUAGCUCAGGAGCCUAUCCGACGCAAGCACCUCGAUGUGCAAUACGUCAAGGCCUGCGUUCAGGACAUUCAGUUCAAGGAGAAGACCCUGAUCUGUCAGCCUGCAUUUCAUUCACUCAAAGACGAGCAAUUCAAGAUUUCCUACGACAAGGUGGUGGUCGCUCCUGGCUGCUCGACCAACACUUUCAAUACCCCUGGGGUGGACGAACACGCCUUCAUGGUGAAAAACGUCAACGACGCCAACGCCAUCCGCGACAAGAUCAAUGAAAACCUCGAGAUUGCCUCGCUGCCCUGCACCACGGAGAACCAGCAGAGGCAGCUCCUGCAUAUUGCCAUCGUCGGCGGCGGACCAACAGGUAUCGAAAUCGCCGCCGAAUUGACUGACCUGUUUGCGGGCGAUCUAAUGAAGCUAUACCCACAUCUACGGGGGAAGGCGUCCGUGACGGUCCACGACGUGGCGCCGAAUAUCCUUGCACCAUUUGACCAAAAGCUCUCCGAAUACGCCCAGAAGUCCCUGGAGAAGCACAAGGUCGAGAUAAAAGUCAACUCGCAUAUCAUCAACGUCACGAAUGAUACUAUUGAGACCCGAGAAGACGGCAAGAUCGCCUACGGCAUCCUGAUCUGGGCCACGGGGAACAAACAGCGACCCAUCGUCGACCAGCUCAACGUUAUGAAAUCCAACCACGGCCUUAAGCGCAUCCUCACCGACGACCGUCUCCAGGUUCUCGCCCUUGACGGCACCAUUAUCCCCGGUUCCUAUGCCAUGGGCGAUGCUGCUGACAUCGACGGCGCCAGUCUACCAACCACCGCUGAAGUCGCCGUCCAGAAAGCGGCCUAUCUGGCUCAUUCGAUCAAUGCCGCCGCUGUCGGCAGAACAAUUGAGCCCUUUAAGUACCAGCAGCGUGCCCUGGUCACGUACACUGGUGCCGGUGAUGGUGUGAUCAUGGGAAGGCGCGGCCACGAAUAUACCGGGUAUGGAGCCUGGUUGAGCUGGCGAUCGGGUAAUUUCUUCUGGACUCGUUCCUGGAAGCGGAAGUUUAUGAUGACUUUGGCUUGGAUCAUGGAUUGGGUCGAUGGACGGGAGAUGGCUCGUUUUUAA